UUUUAUUUUUUCCUUCUUCUUCUUCUUCUUCUUCAUCUUUCAUUGGCCCGCGGAAGAUAUGGUAAACCAUUUUCACAAAGUUAUGGAGAAAUUGAAUGCAAGCAAUCCCAAAUGUAUGUCGGAGUUGCUUACAGAGUACGAAGACCUUAUGGAAUGGAUAAAUAAGGAAGAUGAAGACAUCAAGUAUAAUCCUAUGACAGACGCUAAGGACAUUGAAGACAUUGCUUUGGAGUUUACAAAGCAGCAUCUCAAUCCAACCAGAAAAAACAUGAGCAUUUCCAAUAAAGAAAUUGCUUUCCAUGCUAUGCUGAUCGAUUCUGACAGCGAUUCUGAUGUCAUCUUCCCUGAAGCAGGCAACGACCCUGACCUCAACACUAUUUUUCUUCCAAAAUCGUUACUCAAAGGACAAGAAACAUACAUCGUCAAUGUUGUGUAUAAGAAUAACAAGACCAUCAGUAAACUUACACCAACAGUGAUGGAAGGACAAGACGAUAAUAAGAACUGGUCUGUCAACACUGGGAUAUUUUUAAUGACUAUCUUUCCAAAGAGACAAGAGCCAUUUCAGAACGUCAUAAUAACGCUUCAUCAUAUUCAGAAAAUGAACUACAGCAACCCACAUUGCAGUUUCUGGAACUUCUCGAUACCGACAUCAUAUAAUGGCAGUUGGUCCCAGAAGGGCUGUGAAAUGGUUUCUUCCACAAACACACACACAGUUUGUGCUUGUAAUCACUUGACCAACUUUGCAGUUCUCAUGAAACUGAAUUCUCAAGAGGUUUCCUCAGAACACAAGGAAGCACUGCUAAUCAUCACGUAUGCUGGUCUCGCCCUGUCACUACUGGGGGAAGCCAUCACAGUGUUACUUUACUGUCUUUUCCUAAAUCUACGUCACGAGAAGAUUCAGAUUCGCGUCAAUUUCCUUUGUGCUUUGGCAACUGCACAAAUCAUUUUUCUGGCAGGGAUUGAUAAGAUAGAAAACAAGGAUUUGUGCACGUUUAUAGCAUCACUCAUUCAUCUGUUUUACUUGGUGUGCUUCUGCUGGAUGCUGAUGGAAGGUGUUUUUCUUUACCGAAUGGUUGUCAAGGUCUUUGAUGUUCACGUUAAAAUGCGUUACGCUUACGUUUUUGCCUUCGGACUCCCGUCAGGCAUCGUAGCAAUUACGCUAGUAGCUGCAUCACUCCAAAGUGAGGGUAUCCAUUCAUACAUCAGCAAAAGAUAUUGCUGGAUUCGUUUCGAUAAUGAUUUUAUCUGGUCGUUCGUUACACCUGUAUUGAUGUUGAUAGCUAUCAACUGCUUCUUCUUGUACCGCGUCUUGAAAGAAAUGGUUUUAAUGAAGUCAGUAAAAAAUAUCAAAUCCCUCGAGCUUUCCUCCAUCAGAGCGAGUGCUCGCGCAUGCGUACUGCUUCUCCCUCUACUUGGCAUCACGUGGCUGUUUGGUCUUCUCAGUGUUAUUAACACUUCUAGUGUUAACGUUGCGUGGCAAUAUAUUUUCACCAUUCUCAACACAAUGCAGGGUUUUAUGAUAUUCGUAUUUCAUUGUUUAAGAAACACAGAGCUGCAAGCGGCCAUCAAGUUGCGUUACUUCCAAUGGGAGAGUACUCAUAGCAGUACCCAUAGUAAUAGGAAAAGCAGCACACCUGCUAAAUUCUUGAAUUUCGACGAAUCUGGAAGUCGUUCAAACAGCCUGCCAAUGGCAGCCAAAGUAAACCAAGUCAGACCCGAGAAGCUGGACAUGAAGUAUCGUGACGAAGGGGGCGCGCACGCGCAGUAUUCGUAACUUUGUUACUACCAUGUAUAUUGCUGGUUUUCACAUGACGUCAUCAAAACAUCAAAAUCUAAACUAUAGAUCGUAUAAAGGCAUUUCUCAAAUAUGUUUUAGAAGUCAGUGUUAUAAGUCACAAGAAAAAAUCUCGAGUCAUUUCGAUGUUUGGUUUCCGAGUUAUGAAGGUUGAGUUUGUGUCACGCAAUACCUUCACGUCUAUCUAAAUAGCGAUGAAAAUAUUAAAAUAAUUUACUCUAGUUGAAAGAUUUUCCCUUAGACACGUUGUAAAGAUCUAUAUAAAGUAUAUUUAAUUGAAAUAUAGCCAAACAUAUGAAAUAUUCCAUCAUUUUAAGCCUUUGG